AAAAAGUGGCUAAUAAUUACAUCGAUUUUUGCAACAUAAAAGCGUGAUUCAUCGCAAUAAAAAAUUCACUCAAAAGCUAGUUUUAAUUUUUUCGCGACACGCAAAUCUGUACACAGAUUUGAUACUUUAUUUCUGCACAUUAAAGUAGCUUUAAUGGUGGGGGAUGCAUGUCGCGGGUAGAAAGCGUUUACCGCCGCUGAUAUUCUAUCCAUUUAGAAAUGCCGCGACUGCAGGAGUCCUUUCUGCGAGUCUUAUCCGUGCAGUGCGGCUCGGUGAACAAGUGAUUUAGUGUAGAAUGAUUUUUUGCACACUCAGAUAUAUUUUCGUCUUUUCCUUUUUCAUAGCUUCUACCUUCGCAAAGCAGGGUUUCGGCCCAGGACAGCAAGAAUGGGGCUACGUGGAGGUUCGUCCGAAAGCUCACAUGUUCUGGUGGCUCUACUACACGACCGCGAACGUGAGUUCCAAGUACGAGACAAGACCGCUGGUGAUCUGGCUACAAGGUGGACCGGGUGGAUCCUCAACUGGGAUCGGCAACUUUCGAGAAAUCGGCCCACUCGAUGCUAAUUUGAAUCCUAGGAAUCAUACAUGGACAAAGGACUACAACGUCCUGUUCAUCGACAAUCCAGUUGGCACCGGCUUCAGUUACGUCGAGUCCUUAGACCUCCUCGUCACGACAAACGCCCAAAUCGCCAGUGACCUCGUCCAGUGCAUAAAGGGCUUCUUCAACAAUGUCACCAUCUUCUCGAAAACCCCGACCUACAUCCUCGCCGAGUCCUACGGAGGCAAAAUGGGAGUGGAAUUCGCUAACCUGUGGUACAAGGAACAACUGAACGGCGGCAUAAAAAGUAACUUGAAAGGCGUCGGCCUGAUUGACUCGUCGAUUUCAGCUAUCGAUAAUUACUCCUUUUUUGCCUCUUACUUGCUUCAUAUGGGCUUCGUCGACAACAACGGCUAUAGAAUCGUCGACGAAAUAGCCAAGAAGCUCGAGGCGGCCGGUGAAGCCGGCGAUUGGAACGAGGUCAUACACUUUACGCAGAAAAUCGAGAACCUCAUCGUCAACAUCACCAACAACAUGGACUGGUACAACAUACUCAAGAAGGUCGAGACUGCGUCGGUGAACUCGACGGACGAACUUGUGGGACUGAUGAACGACAAAGUGAAAAAAGCUCUGUCUCUGGAGAACCGUUGGGGCGUCCAGAGCCUCUACGUGUUUCUAUCGCUGCUCGAGGAUAACAUGAAACCUGUUAUACACCAAGUGGAGAACUUGCUGAAUGAAUCGACGCUCAAGGUGUACGUUUUGACUGGUCAACUGGAUUUCAUCAUAAAUACGCCAGGAACUUUACAAUGGAUAGACAAAAUGAGGUGGAGACACGCUGUCGAGUGGUCGAAGGCACCUAUGGUUCCACUGGUUAUCAAUAACGUUAUCGAGGGCUACAGCAAAUCUUACGACCGAUUUAAACUAUUCUGGGUCAACAGAUCUGGACACAUGAUACCUGUGGACAAUCCGAUUGCUAUGAAAAGCAUUUUACAAGAUUUGAUAAAGUGUUGUUUCAAAUGAUACUUUUGUUAAGUGAACCAAAUCUUUCGAUUGUUUGUUAAUAAAAAUAUUUGAAAAAUACGAUGAACAUCUUUUUAUUAUAACACAUAAUAGUGUUGUUUCGAUGGGGUGAAGAAGAAAACGAGAUGAUGAAGGAUAUAUAUAGAGCUACUCGAUUUUUCUCAAAUAAUUUAUUUUUUCACAAUCAUUGUAUAAAUUUCAAAUGAUAGUCUAUGUUCUAUACAAGUAUUUGUAAACCGUUCGCAAUACUCAGUGACUUAUUCUCCGUCCAAUAACUGAUCAAACGUGCGUUUCAAUAUUCAAUUCUUUAACUCUACAAUAUGUUUCUUUUUUUUGUAGUAGUUGUGUGUUUGUAUACUUUUCCUGGACUUUGUGUUAUAUAUUUCACGUCUAUACGAUGCGCGUCGAUGCUCCGACGAUUGUCUUUGUGUUUUUUCUUACAGUAAAAAUGUGUCGUGUUCUCUUACCUACGAUACGUAAUUCAAUCUUCGGGUGAUGGGUAUAGUUUUUGAAGAUCCAUAUCUUCAAUUGCUGGGCCACGUUGAGUCCUUGUAGUUAGUGUUAGUAUAAGUUAGAUUUUGUUGCGAAAAAGCGAAUUUUUCAUAAAUAAUAAAGCCAAAUUAUUGCGCUUUUGUGAAAAAAAUAAUGAAACAACUAUAAUAGUGAUAGCCUCAUUAUUUUUAAAUAUAAGUCGAUGAAUCUUUUGAUCAAUACUUGCUCAAAAUAAUUUGUAUUGACCGAUAUAGAAUCUUCGAUAGUUUUAUGAAAACUUCAAGCUGUCAACGUGUUAUCUUUGUACAAUAAAUAAUUUCGAAUAACACAUUGCACAUUAAUAAAAACUUUAAGCUCAUUAUAUAGGUUAAAUAAAUGCUUAAAUGAAUACAUAACGGUGGACUAGUUAAUGGUACUUAGUAAAUGUAAUGCAAGGCGAUAUUCAAAGUUUCCCGACGACGAAGCGUUAAUAUAAAAGCAAUAAUCAAUGGAGCAUUUUAUUAAUUUUCUUUAUUUAAACAGUCCAUAGUUUUAAUGUUACGGCAUUCAUGAUAGUUAUGUUAUAUCAGUUUUCAAAAGGAUUGGCGGAAAAAGUUCAUUCAAAUCUUACAAGCACAUUUUACCUCUUACAUGUUUCUGAAAUUUUUUUUCAAAGAUGAGAUUAAAAAAUAUCGUUCUUGACUGUUCACAAAUAUAUUAAUUUUCAUAAUAACAAAAAUGGCACAUAAAAAUAAUAUAAAUUCUACGAUUGAUAAUUACAAGUCAUACCCUCAAAACUGUAUAUCAUCGAGUGUCUAUCGUUCACUCAAUACAAGUCGCAAUAUAGUUACACAAAUUUGUGAUGUUACAGACUAAAUUAAAAUCAUGUAUAAUGUAUACCUCGUAAGCGCUAGCUUUAAGUGUAUUACUUUAAUUGGCGAACUAAAAAGUCGUAGAGUUUCUUAAAAACGAAUAAAAAAUAAAAUUACAAAGAUAUCUUACGAACAAAAAAAAAA